UUUCACACACUUUCUUUCUAUUAAAACCCUCACUCUUUCUCUCUCUAAAAUUCUCUCACUUAAUUCUUUUUAAUUUAUGAUCUUCAUUUUAUUUAUUCUUCGAUCAUGGAUCUGUUCGAUUAAUUUAAUCUAAAGAUCUAAUUAUUUUCCGAUUGAUUCGAACUUUUAGUUUCCGAAUCGAAAUCCAGAUUUUGAUUUUGAUUUCGGUUUUGAGAAAUGAAAGUGCCGUGUUGUUCGGUUUGCCAAACACGGUAUAACGAAGAGGAACGAGUGCCGUUACUACUUCAAUGCGGCCAUGGUUUUUGCAAAGAGUGUUUAUCACGCAUGUUCUCAUCGUCUCUCGACACAACAUUAGCUUGUCCCCGCUGCCGCCACGUCUCCGUCGUCGGUAACUCCGUUAACGCGCUUCGGAAGAAUUUCGCCGUGUUGUCUCUCCUCACGGCGGCGUCCGCCGCCACGUCAGCUGCUCCGAACAGCUUCGACUGCGACUACACUGACGAUGACGAGGACGACGGCGAGGAUGAUGAGAAUAAUAAUAAUAAUCGGAGUAAUAAUAAUAACUAUGAUAACGAUGAUGAGGAGAGGUGUAGCCGUGGGAGCCACGCGUCCAGCUCAGGCGCGUGUGGGAGUGGGCCGGUGAUUGAGCUUGGAGGACAUCAGGAGGUGAAGUUGUUGAAGAAGAUUGGGGAGGGGAGGAGAGCUGGAGUGGACACGUGGACAGGUGUGAUUGGAGGAGGAGGAGGGGGGAAGUGUAAACAUAAGGUAGCGGUGAAGAGAGUGGAAAUUGGGGAGGAGAUGGAAGUGGAGUUUGUGUUGGGGCAAUUAGAGAGUUUGAGGAGAAGUUCAAUGUGGUGUAGAAAUGUGUGUAAAUUUCAUGGGGUUGUUAAGAUGAAUGGCUAUUUAGGGCUUGUUAUGGACAGAUGUUGUGGUUCUGUUCAGUCUGAGAUGUUGAGAAAUGAAGGCCGGCUUACUCUUGAACAAAUUCUAAGAUACGGGGCUGACAUAGCGCGAGGGGUGGCUGAACUCCAUGCUGCAGGUGUUGUCUGUAUGAAUAUUAAACCAUCCAAUCUUCUUUUGGAUUCAAAUGGUCGUGCAGUGGUAUCUGACUAUGGACUUGCUGCAAUUUUGAAGAAAUCUACCUGCCGAAAAGCUCGUUCAGAGUGCGAGUCUGCAAAAAUCCAUUCAUGUAUGGACUGUACUAUGCUCAGCCCACACUACACUGCUCCAGAGGCAUGGGAGCCAGUGAAGAAGUCAUUAAAUUUAUUCUGGGAUGAGGCAAUUGGUAUAUCUGCAGAAUCGGAUGCAUGGAGUUUUGGUUGUACAUUAGUGGAAAUGUGCACGGGUUCCAUUCCCUGGGCUGGUUUAAGUGCUGAGGAAAUUUAUCGAGCUGUUGUCAAGGCUAAAAAAUUGCCUCCCCAAUAUGCAAGUGUGGUAGGAGUUGGAAUGCCUAGAGAAUUGUGGAGGAUGAUUGGCGAGUGUUUUCAGUUCAAGGCAUCAAGGAGGCCAAGUUUUAAUCAAAUGUUAGCGAUAUUUCUUCGUCAUUUACAAGAGCUGCCACGCAGCCCUCCUGCAAGCCCUGAUAAUAGCUUUGCAAAGCAUUCUGGAACAAAUGAGACAGAACCACCCCCCACAGCUGAUCUGGAGGUUUUUCAGGAUAACCCUAGUCAUUUACAUCGGCUAGUAUCUGAAGGGGAUGUUAAUGGCGUUAGGGAUCUGCUUGCAAAGGCUGCAUCAGGAAAUGGCGGCGGUUCAGUAUCUAUGCUUUUAGAAGCUCAGAACACCGAUGGACAAACAGCUCUUCACCUGGCUUGUAGACGUGGUAGUGCGGAACUUGUUGGGGCUAUAUUGGAAUACAGACAGGCAGAUGUUGGUGGUUUAGAUAAAGAUGGCGAUCCCCCUCUUGUAUUUGCUUUAGCUGCUGGAUCUGCAGAAUGUGUCCGUGCUCUUAUUAUGAGAGGGGCAAAUGUUAGGUCUAAGUUAAGAGAUGGUUUUGGUCCUUCAGUUGCUCACGUCUGUGCCUACCAUGGACAGCCCGAUUGUAUGCGCGAGCUACUAUUGGCUGGAGCUGAUCCCAAUGCUGUGGAUGAUGAAGGUGAAACUGUCCUGCAUAGAGCUGUCGCCAAGAAAUAUACAGAUUGUGCUCUUGCUAUUUUGGAAAAUGGAGGCUGUAGGUCAAUGGCGUUCCGGAAUUCAAAAAAUUUAACACCCUUGCACUUGUGCAUAGCGACAUGGAAUGUGGCUGUUGUGAAAAGGUGGUUGGAAAUCGCUUCCCCAGAAGAGAUUGCUAAGACAAUUGAUAUACCAAGUCCUGUUGGAACUGCAUUGUGUUUGGCAGCUGCUGUAAAGAAAGAUCAUGAAAUUGAUGGGAGAGAACUGGUGCGAAUAUUGCUUGCUGCUGGAGCAGAUCCUACUGCGCAAGAUGCUCAGCAUGGGCGAACGGCUUUGCAUACUGCUGCAAUGGCUAAUGAUGUUGAUUUGGUCAAGAUUAUACUUCAAGCUGGAGUAGAUGUGAACAUUCGGAACAUGCACAAUACCAUUCCUCUUCAUGUGGCAUUGGCUAGAGGUGCAAAGUCAUGUGUCGGCUUGCUUUUAUCUUCCGGUGCAAAUUGCAAUUUUCAGGAUGAUGAAGGUGACAAUGCCUUUCACAUAGCAGCAGAUGCAGCAAAAAUGAUACGUGAAAAUCUUGAAUGGCUCAUCAUUAUGCUUAGAAAUCCUGAUGCUGCUGUCGAUGUCAGAAAUCACAGUGGUAAGACCCUACGUAAUUUUCUGGAGGCCCUUCCUCGGGAAUGGAUCCCAGAAGACUUGAUGGACGCUCUUGUAACUAGGGGAGUUCAUCUUUCUCCUACAAUAUUUGAAGUCGGGGAUUGGGUGAAGUUCAAAAGAACUGUUUUGACCCCUACACUUGGUUGGCAAGGUGCUAAACAUAAGAGUGUAGGUUUUGUGCAAAAUGUAGCGGACAAGGACAACAUCAUUGUAUCAUUUUGUACUGGUGAGGCUCGUGUAUUGGCCAAUGAAGUGUUGAAAGUGAUUCCCUUGGACAGAGGGCAGCAUGUUCAGCUUAAAGCAGACGUGAAAGAGCCAAGGUUUGGCUGGCGUGAUCAAUCCCGUGACAGCAUUGGGACAGUUUUAUGUGUUGAUGAUGAUGGAAUUCUGCGUGUUGGGUUUCCAGGAGCAUCCAGGGGAUGGAAAGCUGAUCCAGCAGAAAUGGAAAGAGUUGAAGAAUUUAAGGUCGGCGACUGGGUUCGUAUCCGCCCCACACUGACAACAGCAAAGCAUGGAUUAGGAUUGGUAACACCAGGCAGCAUUGGGAUAGUUUAUUGUAUAAGACCAGAUAGUAGUCUGCUGUUAGAGUUGAGUUAUCUUCCAAAUCCAUGGCAUUGUGAACCAGAGGAGGUUGAGCCUGUUGCCCCGUUCAGGAUUGGUGACCGGGUCUGUGUGAAGCGAUCAGUUGCAGAACCUAGAUAUGCUUGGGGGGGUGAGACCCAUCAUAGUGUUGGAAGAAUUAGUGAAAUAGAGAAUGAUGGUCUUCUUGUAAUAGAAAUACCGAAUCGUCCUAUUCUCUGGCAGGCUGACCCUUCUGACAUGGAGAAGGUUGAGGAUUUCAAGGUUGGAGAUUGGGUCAGAGUGAAAACUUCAGUAUCCUCUCCAAAAUUUGGAUGGGAGGAUGUUACACGAAACAGCAUUGGGAUAAUUCAGAGCUUAGAGGAGGAUGGUGAUAUGGGUGUCGCCUUUUGUUUCAGGAGCAAGCCCUUUUCUUGCUCUGUGACAGAUAUGGAGAAGGUGCCCCCUUUUGAAGUGGGACAAGAGAUACAUGUCAUACCUUCUGUGACCCAGCCUCGACUUGGAUGGUCAAAUGAAAGCCCUGCAACUGUUGGAAAAGUUAUUAGAAUCGACAUGGAUGGGGCUUUAAAUGUGAGAGUUGCAGGCAGGCAUAAACCUUGGAAAGUUUCUCCUGGAGAUGCAGAACGUCUAUCAGGAUUUGAAGUUGGUGACUGGGUACGUUCCAAACCAAGUCUGGGGACUAGACCAAGUUAUGAUUGGAAUAGCAUUGGAAAGGAAAGUUUAGCUGUUGUGCAUAGUGUACAAGAGACAGGAUACCUAGAGCUGGCUUGUUGUUUCCGUAAAGGAAGGUCAAUCGCUCAUUACACAGAUGUUGAAAAGGUUCCAUGCUUCAAGGUUGGGCAGCAUGUUCGGUUUCGAACUGGAUUAACAGAGCCAAGAUGGGGAUGGAGAGGUACUCGGCCCGGCUCACGAGGCAUUAUCACCUGCGUUCAUGCUGAUGGAGAAGUGAGGGUUGCUUUCUUUGGUUUGCCAGGGUUGUGGAAAGGAGAUCCCGCAGAUCUCGAGGUUGAACAAAUGUUUUUAGUUGGAGAAUGGGUAAGACUGAAUGAAGAUGCCGGUAACUGGAAAUCUAUUGUGCCUGGCAGCAUCGGUAUUGUACAGGGUAUAGGGUAUGACGGAGAUGCAUGGGAUGGAAGCACUUUUGUGGGCUUUUGCGGGGAGCAAGAAAGAUGGGUGGGACAUACCUCCCUUCUUGAAAGAGUUGAAAAGCUCGUGAUUGGACAAAAGGUUAGAGUUAAACUCUCCGUGAAGCAACCCAGAUUUGGGUGGUCAGGUCACAGUCAUGCUAGUGUUGGAACUAUAGCAGCAAUUGAUGCUGAUGGAAAAUUGAGAAUAUAUACUCCGGUAGGAUCCAAAACUUGGAUGCUUGAUCCAUCGGAAGUGGAGUUAGUUGAGGAACAGGAACUUUGCGUUGGAGACUGGGUGAGGGUAAGACCAUCAGUAUCAACACCAACACACCAGUGGGGAGAGGUGAGUCAUUCAAGCAUCGGGGUGGUGCAUCGGAUGGAAGAUGGGGAAUUAUGGGUUGCAUUCUGCUUCAUGGAAAGACUCUGGCUUUGCAAGGCGUGGGAAAUGGAACGAGUUAGGCCAUUCAAACUGGGCGACAAAGUGAGAAUUAGGGAAGGGCUAGUAACACCUCGGUGGGGUUGGGGGAUGGAGACACACUCUAGCAAGGGCAGAGUAAUUGGGGUAGAUGCAAAUGGGAAGGUAAGAAUUAAAUUUCAAUGGAGAGAAGGGAGACCUUGGAUUGGAGAUCCAGCUGAUAUCGUUCUGGAUGAGAGUUGAGCUUUUAAUCAAGGUAUCAGAUAAAAUCUUUCAUUUGGUCUUUCCUUGGCCCGUGGAGACAAACGGAGAGGCAACUGGUUUUACAGUGCAGUGUUAUGUGUUUCAUACUCUACAUUUGACUGCAGUGGCCUCCUUAAACUAAAAGAAAUGUUUAUUGUUAAUAAACACAAGAUUUACAGACAUGGAUAGCGGGACCUUGAUGAACACUGAUUGCCUCAACUGUUAGUUAUAGAUGACAGAGCAGGCAAGGUAAAACAAGUUAUGUAGCCAUUUGUAUCUCCUAGAUUAUGGGUAGCUGAUAAGCUUUUUGGCGUAUAUAUGUAAUUUUAUACAAAUUUAACACAUAAAUAUUCCUUAGUUCUUGCCUUUUCAUCCA